AUGGGUACGCUUAGAGAUCUUCAGUUUGCGCUUCAGCUAAAGAUUGAGGAGCUGCGCCAGAGGGAUGCUCUGAUCGAUGAACUUGAGCUUGAGCUUGAUGCCAAGGACGAUCUUAUUCGACGUCUACAGGGUGAGCUUGACCGCCUGAGGAUUACUCACGGCACUCCCAGCUCAGGCUCAGGGCAACAUCAUGUUUCAUCUUCAAGAGCCAAUAGAAGAACUGUGAUAACCAAUCCUAUAAAUGUGGACCCUAAAGUGAUCCUGCAGAACCCUCCCAUGAGCCAUGCAAAGAGCCAGGAGUCUCAGCGUGUCAUUGAGGCAGCGCUAAGUCAGAAUGAUUGGUUGAAAUACUUGAGGAGAGAUCUGUCAUCUGUGGUGGAUUGUGCCUACCCUACCACGGCUGCUCAGGGAGCCCGACUUACUCAGGAGGGUGACGAGGCAUCUCAGGCCUUCAUAUUAGAAGAGGGAAAGCUUGAGGUAUCCAUGAAUGGGCAAAAGCUGCACACUAUUGAUACUGGAAUGCUGUUUGGAGAACUGGCUUUGCUUUAUAAUCACACCUGCACAUCGACUAUUACAGCUAUGACGAGCUGUAAGCUGUGGGUGAUCGAUCGUCAGGCAUUUCAGAGAAUCAUGCAGAGAAGCAGCCUUCUACGAAUCAAUCAGUCUCUGGACCUUCUCCACAGUGUGCCAUUGUUCUCUGCUUUACCAGAGGAUAUUCUCAUGAAAAUUUCUGAUGUUCUCCAAGAGUGUCAUUACAGUGAUGGUGACUACAUAAUUAGACACGGCUCUCCAGGAGACACCCUCUUUAUCAUCAGCCGGGGCCAGGUAAAGGUGAUGGACAGGCGCUCGGUCAGUGAGGACAGUGUCAGUGUGUCCGUUUUAUUGCGCGGAGACUGCUUUGGAGAGAAAGCUCUAAAAGGAGAAGCAGCCAGGUCUUUGAGUGCUGUUGCUGUAGGAGAUGUUACAUGUCUGCUUGUGGACAGGCAAACCGUGAGGAGGUUUAUUGGACCAUUUGAGGAUGUCAAGAAGAACUGGACCAGUGAUCCCAAAAUAAACAGGAACGAGGAUGGAGAUGAUGCACUGGGUGAUGUUUCACUUAGGGAUGUUCAGGUGCUGUGUAAUGUAGGAGGGGGACGGUUCGGCCACACUCAGCUGGUGCAUGUAAGGAACAACAGCAGCCAGGUGUUUGUGCUGAAGGUCAUAAAGAAACAUGCAUUAUUGAGUACAGGCCACAGAGAGCGAAUCCUCUCCCAAAAACAAAUCCUGAUGGAUGUUCACUGUCCAUUCAUAGUCAGGUUAUUUCAUACCUUUCGAGAUGUGAAGUGUAUCUACAUGUUAACGGAGGCAUGUUUAGGUGGGGAUCUGUGGACCUUAUUAAGAGAAAGAGGUUCAUUUGAUGAAAAUGAGGUCCAUUUCUACACAGCAUGUGUGAUGGAAGCGUUGAGUUUUCUUCAUGACCGAGGUGUUGUUCACAGAGAUCUGAAACCAGAGAAUGUUCUGCUAGAUCUGAGAGGAUAUGUCAAACUGACCGGUUUUGGAUCUGCUAAGCAGCUUGGUUCUCUUCAGAGAUCCUGGUCAUUCUGUGGUUCAGCAGGUUACCAGGCUCCAGAGAUCAUUCUGCACAAGGGUCAUGGGGUGAUGGCAGAUUACUGGGCUUUAGGAGUUUUCAUAUACGAGUUACUCGACGGCAGUACCCCCUUCCUAGAUUCAGACCAGAUAAAGACUUGUGCUGCAGUUUUGAAGGGAAUUGAAGCUGUAGCGUUUCCAAAUACCAUCAGCAGUCUUGCUGCCGAUCUCAUCAAACAGCUCUGCAGAGAAAAUCCUACAGAGAGACUGGGCCAGAAGAAUGGGGUCAAGGACAUUAGAAAACAUGCGUGGUUAGAAGGAUUUGAUUGGGAGGGACUCUGUAGCAGUUCCCUGACUCCACCAAUAUUACCAAAUGGACACACAACGUUGGUUUGUUCUCAUAAUGAGGACCAUACUGAUUUGUCAACUGUAGACGAAUCAGACUGGGACAAAGACUUCUGA